AUGUCUCGGCCUGCAAAUGCUACUGGCUCCCAUAUUCACGGAGCUCUGCACAUGAGGUAUUCCCAUAUCAAUAGUGUGACAAUGUUCUACGGCGAGGCCCAGGCCGUCUAUCCUGAGUUUAGUGGGGUUGUUUUGGAGAAAGGGGGAAGUGGGUGUCUUGGAAGCUUUCUGGGAGAAAAUGAAAAGUUGCUAAUUUUGCGAAAUCAUGGUCUAUUGACCGUUGGUGACACUCUGAAUGAAGCAGCAUACCUCUUCACUUUAGCAGAUCGCAGUUGUGAGAUCCAAUUCAAUACCCCGGUGCGACUAACAAAGAAACGGGAGGCAUUAUACCACGAUUUUCAAUCUGGAUACGAAAUGGAGCUCGAGCUUUCAAAUGCGAGGUUCCUGCAAUAA